UGGGACUUUUGUCGUGCACCUGACACCACUAUGGAUGACUAUCCGAUCUAUGGGUUACUUGUCGGGUUCUCCCUUUGGGGGACCCUUUGGCGUCUCCUCUUCCCUCUGGGCUUCUGGCCCACCUUCACGUGUAGAGUAGGAACCCGGGGUGGCACUUCCACCCAGCCUUACACGAAGGAGGAGGAGGAGAAGAUGGCCGCCAUCCUGCAGGAGAGAAAGGAGAAGGAGGAGGCCAAGAAGAAGGCCUUGCAGGAGGAGCAGGCAGCAAAGUUGAAAAAGAUAGAGGAGGAGAUGGCCAGAGAAAAAGAGAGGUUGAAGAAGGAAGAAGAGGAUAAGUUGAAGGAGGUGGAAGAGGAGGAAGAAGAGGGACCGCCACUGCAAAGGAGGAGAGGGCAGCACAGUGGCAGCAAGGAUGAAGAGAUGGAGAAACGGAUUUCGGAGUGGGUCGCCAACUUAUCCCUGGGCGAAGAAGAAGAGGUAACUAUGUACAUCCCCAAGGAUGAGCAGGAAGCCGCUAUGAAGGAGUGGGAAGCAGAAGGAGAUGUUUUGAAGCGGCAGGCGAUGGAAGACGAGAAGAGAAUGGAGUGGAAACUCGCAAUGAUGAGGGAGAAGAAGAAGAGGGUGGACGCAGCGAGUGAAGCAUUCAAAGAUUUAGAGGAGGUGCAAAAACUAACUUUACGAUUGACCCCUCAGGUAGACCUCCAACAAAAGGCGGAUAUCAUUGCCCAGAGCGUCGAACGUUUAGCCAGAGUGCAAGAACAACAAUACGAGUUUAGCCGAAGUCAGGAUAUAGUCGUGCGUUCGAUGCGGAUGGGGUUUCGGGACUUUGCCCGCGAAUUGAUGUCAUCACGGCGGAGCAAUCUAGAGGUGCACGAGUUUUCUGGGCAAUUUCGUGGGGUGGCUGUGUCCUUCAAGGUGACUUCAGUGAUUGGACAUGUGCUCAGUCCCAGGAGUCAGUCUGGGAGUAACCUUAUCGAUGAUGUCAUCGAGAGGCUGUCGUGGUUCACGUCCCCAGUGCAACCGGUAAGGGCUGAAUCCUGUGGAGGAGUGUACAGAGGUGUUGUACACUAGCUGGGCCCGUCCUAGAUGGAAAUCCCAAUCCUGAUGAUCAGGACUGAUCACAGGACGCAGCAACUGAAAAAGAAUCUGGUUCAUCACUUCAACCUGCCCGUUGGCUUCAGGAUAAUGUCCAGAUGUCAUAUUCAGUCUGGAAUGAAGGUAGUCCUUGCAGUAGGACUGCCAUUCAUUGCUGCAGAAUCGCGGAUCUCUAUCACUGACAAUAGAGGUGGGUGGUCCAUGAUGAGUGACACACCUGUCAGCAAAAGUGGCCUGCACGGCCGGGACUCUUGCUUCCUCUGGCAGGGGAAUAAACUCUGCAUAUUUGGAAAACCUGUCAACACACACCUUAACCUGACGCAUAACCCGAGGAGUAGUCCUCCCUAGAUCAGUAAAAUCAAUAGAUACUG